AGUGUCAGGUCUGCUUCUGUUGAUGCCGGUUGUACUGUGGUGACACUCUGCACUCGUGCCUGUCUUUUGUGAAACUGGUUUGUGUAGCAUUAAAUUCUAGAAGAUUGGAAGCGUUUCAUCCGUAAAUCGCCAAGAUAUUGACGUUUAGAAAAACCCUUACAUACAGCAGUUUGCCUGAAGUGUAAAAAAUUGAAGAAAAGAAAGUCGAUCUCUCAAUUAAAUCAAGCGAGAAGUUGAACAUUGUAGCAAAAUUACCUGUGAACUUUCAGUCCAACGCGCGGAGUGACUCCCAGGAUAUAUUAUAGCGAGUGAAGGAAUAGUAAAUAAAUCAGCAUGGCCCAUGCUUCCCUUGUGUCAAGCAUAGGCGAACAGCUACAGAGUCACUCUGGGGCUGUGAGCCUGCAUGACAUCAGUGGGCCCGACAAGAUCAUCGCUUUGUACUUCUCGGCGCACUGGUGUCCCCCCUGCAGGGCCUUCACUCCCCAGCUGGUCAGCUUCUACCAGCACGUGAAGGAGAACACCAAACACCAGCUGGAGAUCGUCUUGGUCAGCAGCGACCACGAUGAGGAGGCCUUCAAUCACUACUUCGGGGACAUGCCCUGGUUGGCACUGCCCUUCUCCGACACCAAGAGAAAGAUUCGCCUGUCGCGCCAAUACCGGGUCACGGGCAUCCCCUCGCUCGUCCUGAUCGAUUCCAGAAGCGGUCGAGUCAUCACCAAAAACGGUCGAGAGAUGGUCACCCGCGACCCGGAGGCACUGACGUUUCCCUGGCGCCCUCGAAAUUUAGGGGAGGUACUGUCAGCCACCACUCUGGUCGAUCCCAACGGCCAGACCAUCACAUACGACUCCAUCAAGGACUCAUACAAAGGCCUCUACUUCUCAGCGCAUUGGUGUCCUCCGUGCAAAGCCUUCACUCCACAGUUGGUGGCUGCGUACGAAGAGAUCAAGAAGAAAGAAGGCAACUUUCAAAUCAUCUUCGUCAGUUCGGACAGGAGUGAAGAUUCAUGGCGUGCCUAUCACAGUACUAUGCCUUGGCUCAGCGUAUCUUGGGAGGAAGAAACAGCCCGGAGAGAGCUGGCCAGCUCUCUGGAGGUACAGGGGAUCCCUACUCUGGUCAUUCUUGCACCAGACAAUACAGUCAUCACCACAGACGGGAGGGCAGAUCUCACUGAGGAUCCACGUGGUGAGAGGUUUCCCUGGCGACCACAGAGUGUGGAUAUCCUUGCAGAAAGACAUAUGGGACGUCUGCAGGAAAGUCCUUGCUUAGUCCUGUUCACAGAUGGAGAAAAUACUGAACUACAAUUUGGCCGUGAUGUUCUGUUGCCUGUUGCUGAGGAAUAUCUACUGGAGCAUUCUCACGAAGGAGGACUGACCCUACAGUUCUUUGUGGCUGGAGAGGAUGAGGUUGCAGACAGUGUGAGGGACUUUGCUUGCUUAGAUGACGUUGUGCCUCUUGUUGCAAUACUUGAUCUCUCAGAAGGUGCAAAAUAUCUGCUAGAAGAGGGAGUUGAAGUCUCAACAGCCACCGUCCACAAUUUUGUCACAAGGUAUACCAACGACAAGCUAACUCCCCUACCAGUGAGACCAGUGACUUCAACAGCAACCAACACAAGUUAACAACAGUUUACUUUAAAGCAAGAUUUUCGGGGUCUCAUGAUUCCUUUCCACACAAUAAUACCUGAUCUACUGUUAUUAUAUUAAUAACUAUAUAGGCUUUGCUUGAUCAUUGGGGCAUGUUCAGAAGUUUGUGGCAGAUAUUGAGCCAUGUUGAUGAAAAGUGCUGUGUUUCCUCAUUAGCAAAGUACAGUUCAAUGGUCAAAUUGAAAAUCAUUAAAAAAAAUUCUCUCUCUAAGUUGCAAGUCUCCAGUAAAAUCAUGUGUGAAUUCAGCUGUUUUUGAGCUAACCAUUGAGUAAAUCGAUCAGUUAGAAUAAUGCUCAAUUUUUAUGUGUAGGAUUAAACAUUUUAUAUACUACAUCUCCACAUUUUAGAAAUGGCCAGGUAUGUUCUGUGUAGGGUGAUGGAUGUUGAUGAUUUGAAUGGCACACGAUGAGACUGCAAAAGGUAAAUGACCAUUUGAUGUUAUGAUGAACGUGUAAGUAGAAUCAGAUUGAUAUUUAUGUGAAAUAAAAAUAAUCAGAUUAAUUGUGAUACUCUCACCAACUAUUUUAUGCACCAAAAACAUGUAUAGUGUCACUGUAAAGACACCGACAAAACUUGGGUGAUGGAGAGAGAGUGUCACUGUAAAGACACCCACUAAACUUGGGUGAUGAGGAUUUUAUGACACCAGUCAUGGGUUAUCUGGAGAAUAUUACUGCUGUACUAGCUUUUCUUUGAUGUUUUUGUCAUAUUUGUAUCAGCUUCUGCAUAUGUAAAAAACAAAAAUAACAAAAAAAUUAAAAUUUGAAAAAAACACUAACGAAUACCUUCAAAGUAUCUGGCUUGAAAUAAUGUCCGAUGGAUACAUAAAGAUAAUGGGCAAUGAUUAUCUUACUCACAUGUUCACUGUAUUUUCUUUGAUUUUAAAGAAUAGUUGCCUGGGAGAAAGCCAUUAGACCUGGAUUCACAUAUGAAGGUUCAUUGUCUUGGAAAAGUAGCGUCGUAAAUUUAAACAAAAAUUAUAUAUCAUUUCAGUUUACUUUUGAAAUCCAAGCACCUCAGAAUAUUAUUGAAACCUCUCCUGGCAGGCGUCGUCAUUCUAUCCUAGUAAAACAUCCCUAACCCUCAUUAUUUCAAAUGUACUCUGAAGUUCUAUGCAUGGUGAAUCAUAUCAUCAAUCCCGCAUUUUUUCACCCUCUACUUCCGUUGUUUAAGUACUUUACUGAAAUUGUAUUAAGUGACCUUUACAGCUGUAUUUACAAGCGUGAUAAAAGCGUUGUACUUCCGAAACCAUGUAUUGUCCUUACAUGUAAACGUUUAAAUUUGUCUCGGCUUUAGUCACUACUUAAAUUAAUAGCAUCCCUUCGUUUAUUAGGGCCGACUGUAGAUUUCCCUAUACUCUUUAGACUAUUCAGACCAUGCAUGCACUAUUCCAGUUUGCGUGUUAUUAUUAUCAUUAUUAUUAUUCAGAACAUGAACCCUUUUCAUAUGGAAAAAGCGCACCUGAACGUGAGAAUGGGGUGGAAAAUCUGUACGUGAUCUCCUCAUGUUUUUGUUUUACUGGAGUUUAGCCUCAUACCCCACCAUUCACUAAUCCGUUCCAUGUCUUGAUUGAGACUAAGGACAGCUUCAUUUUUCAUAAGUGGACCCACAAGUGUUGCAACAUCAGCAUAUUAAACAAUCUUGUUUUCCAGGCCAACAACCAUAUCACUUGCAUACUCUUAAAAAUAACAGUAGACCAAGAACACUGCCGUGCGGAACUCUGGACAAUAUAAGUCUUGGUUCAUUAAAGAUCCCAUAAACAGCAACUCGCUGCUUCCUAUUUGUAAGGAAAUCUUGAAUAAUCGUGAAAUUAAUACAUUAAAACACUUCAUAUACCUAAACAGGCAUAUCAACAGACCCCACACUAUGCAAUAUGUCCCCAUCUUAGAUGCACUAGUGUGUUCCUUUACAAAACCUCGGUACAUCUAUGAUGUAUGAAAGGUAAGACAGCUGUAAAGUGCUGUCACCCAGAGGGACAACUAAAUAUUAAGGAUUAGAUCAUUUAUACUGAGACUUUUCCCUUCCGUUCAAGUCAUUAAUGACGCAACCCUUUGGACCGACUUAACCCUGUGUUUUGCUAAUUUAGGUGUUUAGGCGCCUCUUCAAUGGUAACCAUUGUAUGAGAGACUGAGCUGGUUCUCAGGUCACUAAACAACCUCUUGUGUAUUUUGUUGGCCUACCUGCCAUCAUGAAUUUGCUUUACCGGUAUGUUAGGUUGUAAUUCCCAUUCAUAUCACUUGUUUGUCCCAAGAAUCUUCAUGUUUCCUAGAGGAGAAAGAAUGAGAGUCAGGCCCGGUCAGGGAAUAGUUUUUCAAUGGAACUACAAACUCAAUCUUGUACACCAAGAUAUCCUGGGUAAAGGAAGAAGCCGUUCUGAUGGAAUAUAUGGUAUAUUUUUAAGUUUAUGUUGCUAUAUGCCCGUACAGACAGCUUUCAGCUAUGAAUUUCGAUCUAACCUUGUCUUCCCAUGAACUGACUGCUAUCAGAAAUAAAAUCGACUUUUUCCAAAAGUCAGAGAUCUUUGUUGAUUAAACAGGUAUGUUUAUCAGACAUUUUUCAUCAAAUAUUGCUUUUUACAAAAAAAAAAAAAGAUUCUGGUGUUAAUCAUAUUACACAAUAAAAGUAAGGUUGACAAUGGAUGUUCUUGUUCCAAUGGUUCGAAAAGGUUACAAUGAUUUUUAAAUAUGAUCAGUGUCCUGCAGAAUUUCCAGGUGCAUUCCCAAGAUUUUUUUCAUACAAAGAGGAUAAUGUAAAUGAUUCAAUAAUGAAGCUAGCUAAUGUUUGUCUUUUGAAAGGCGUGGUCUUGCAAUUGUGAUAAAGAAUGCAGGCUUUUUCAUGUAUUCAACAACACUGCAUGUUGAAAAUUGUGAUAUAAUAAUAUAAAGUAUACUUAACUUUUCGUACAAUGGUAACAUUCUUUGGGAUGUUAGUAGCUUUCACUUUUAUUUGAUAUUAACUGUUCUAAAUAUUUACUACAGAAAUACAAAUUAGAAAAUAGAUAUCACUCCUUUUAAGUGCAAUAAUAAUUAAACCCAAGAAGAUUAUAGCUUGUGGCGUGUAUGUUAUGAACAGUACUUUACCCUCUGGUUAGUGUUUCUUCUCCGGUGUGGUGACAUACCAUUUAUUUUGAAGCAUCUCCAAGAAGUUUUUGUCAAAUUAGUGUAUGUUAUUUUUACUUUGUUUUAGUAUACAGCUAUAGCCAGCAACCUUUGCUUCUGUAAUAUCUCUAAAAAAUAAUUACUCUAACCCAAGAAAGAUAUAUCUGGUUAUGUAACUAAGAAAAUAUGUUUGCAAGCUCCAAAGGUGAAAUAAGGCCCUUCUUAGUUGGUUUUUCUUACAUUUCACCAAAUUAGGAUAAUGGGGAAUGACAUAUUUUAGUAAGUAUGAGGUGAAUGGUCAAGCUAAUGAUUGUGCUUUAACUCUGGAAGGAAAUUAUCAAACACAGUACAGUAGCUCAGUGUUUUAUAUACUACUUUUGUUUGCAUGUAUGUGAAUUUUACAGAUGCAUUAUUAUGCACUUACUUGAAGUAAGCAAUAAGGUAAGAACUUUGUAUACUGGGUAUGUCCAGAUGAUUAUUAUAUCAAAUGGUAACUGGGAAAUUUUUAUAUAUGGGUACAGUAUUGUGAUUUGAUUAUUCAAUAAUUUUUUUGUUGAAAAUGUCUUGAAAGUAUUUAUAUAUUUAAUAUGGCUUUCAGUUUUAAUAAAAUUAUGUCCUGUAUAGUAUUUAGAUAAUUCAAGAUUUUAACAAAAAAUAUAUACUGUAUAUACAAUUGAUAAA